ACAUACUUUACAAAAAGCUGCCAAUUCUGAUUUCCAAAAAUCUUCGUACAUUUCUGAUUUCGUAUAUUAUAAAUAAAUAUAAUUCAAAGUGGAUCGCGUAAUUUUUGAAGCUGUCGACAGCGUCUUUUCGCGCGAAAGCAACUUCAUAGACGUUCGUCAACUAGUCACACCUCUGCAUUUUCCCGAAAUGAAUCAAAAGGCUCCCUCUUUCCAAAUCCCUGCCUGCCAAGGCCUGCAAAUCGUUGAAAUAUCCCAGAACGAUUUCAUCGGCAAAUUUCUAGUGCUGCUCUUCUAUCCGAGCGAUUUCACGUUCGUCUGUCCCACCGAAUUGAUUUCGUUCAACGAAAAAAAACACGAAUUUGACAAAUUGAAUGCACAAGUUUUGGCCAUUUCGACCGAUUCAAUCGAAUCGCAUCUGGCCUGGUUGAAAACCGAACGCAAAGAAGGUGGUGUGGGUAAACUAAAUAUACUUCUGGCUUCAGACAAGAAUAAGAAAAUGUCGUCGGCUUAUGGCGUGUUAGAUAGUAAAUCUGGUGUUGCUUAUAGAGGUCUUUUUAUUAUUGAUGAUGCGCAAAGGUUGAGGCAGAUUAUAAUUAAUGAUAUUCCAAUUGGAAGGAACGUUGAUGAAGUUAUAAGACUGAUACAAGCCAUACAAUAUUAUGAUGAGAAUGGGGAGGUUUGUCCCGCUAAUUGGAGACCAGGAAAGCCAUCCAUUAAACAAGACCGCCAGGCUUUCAAAGAAUAUAUGAAAGAACACACUGAAUCCUCCUCCUCUCAAUAAUAUAGUUUUAAAUAUAAUAAACUUUAGAUAGU